AUGGAAAUAAAUUUUAUACGUAUUUUAUUUAUUUUCGCGGCAAUUUUUACUGGUAUUGUUGGUUUUCUACUGAACUUUGUGGAACCCUAUUUACCUGUUGCACUAACUCGUGCAUAUCGUUAUGGUAAAUUUUCUGAUAAUACUUAUCAGCCAAUCGUAAUGAAAGCAGAACUACCUAAAAGAUGGUUCAAACAUUUUUACAUUUUUGCUGCACCAGCUUCAAGUUAUGCAUUAUAUUUGGUACUUUAUAAAUACUUAUGGAAAGGAGACAUAUCCAAAAAUGUUUUAUGGGUAUUGAAUAUAUGUUUAGGAACGAAUCGACAACCAUUAGUAUCUCCAGAAAAUACAUUUGCAGCUGCUUUGCUUAUAACACUUCAUUCCUGGAAACGAUUUUACGAAACACAUUACGUAAAUAUUUUUAGUAACAAAAUGAUGAAUAUAGCACAUUACAUAAUUGGAUUUUAUCAUUAUGUAGGAAUAAUAAUAUCUAUUAUAGGUGAAUCCGAAGGAUUCGUUGAAGGUUCAGAAGGCUAUUUUUCCUACAAGAAAAUUACUUAUAUUCAAAUAAUAUGCGGAGCUAUUAUUAUAGUGUCAUCAUAUGUUCAACUUGAGGCGAAUUAUAUUCUUAGUAGUUUACGAAAAGAUAAAAAUGGUGAAAUGAAUUCUGCAGUGUAUAAGAUACCUCAUGGUGGUUUAUUUGAAUAUGUGUCAGGUGCUUUGCAACUUACAGAAAUAAUUAUUUAUAUAACAAUGUCUGUAAUUUUAUGGCAAAGCUCUACAUUUCAUUACGCUACAAUGUGGGUGUUAGUAAAUCAGAUAUCUACUGCUGUAUUAACCCAUAAGUGGUACACAAAAACAUUUCAGCAUUACCCACAAUUUAGAAAAAUUCUGCUGCCUUACAUUUUCUAA